AUGACAGUCGAAGUAGCCGUACCGACCCUGAGCGGUGCAUCAACAAAACUCGGCCUGGGCAAAGAGCCAAGCCCUCAACCCAUCUUGAAUCGGCUACUCCGGCACGAUCUGGUAACAUCGGAUUUCGACGAAUUGAAGUUCCAAGCUGCUGCGUCUCGCCAAUUGCAACUGCCGGCAGACGGACCGCACCAAAAGUACGACGCUUCAGACAUCCAAGACUCCCGUCUGAUCGCCUCACCAUACAAUUCACCACCCCAUCUCCUGGACCUCAACAGCCUAGACACGCAAAGCCGGCUCCUAUCUCUGGCAUUGGCAUAUUUCACGCCCACCAGAGACGACUAUGCGACAGCAGAGUACCUGGAUUCGUUCAAUUGGACCGAAGUCUUCGAUCUCGUGAAAGCAUUCUCCGCGGCCGAGGGCCACACAUGGACAGCGCAGACUUUCUAUGUUGUGUCGUUCCGGUCAGUCCUGCAGCCUGGUGUUGAUAAUGACCAUCUGCAUGAUCUGGAUGCGUAUUCGCACCAGGAAGCUACCGCCAGCGGUGGGUUGCUGAAGUAUUGGUACGGAACCAAGAACGAGAAGCGACAGAAUCUGGCGACUUGCAUUUGGCGGCAUCGAAAUGAUGCGAGGUUGGGAGGUCGAGGCCCGUGGCAUGCCAAGGCUAGGGCGGCUGGAAGGGAGCUGUAUGAGGAGAUCGUGUUCUCAACUAUGAAGCUGGUCAUUGAGGAUGGGGUUUCUUCUUGGAGUAUGAGCAAAUGGACUGAUGCGGAUGAAUAA